UGAUUGCAGGUGGGGACAAGCUCUUCGUGUCAGGACCACUGCCCAUGUAUCGACGAGGACCCGAAAGGUUCAGUAGACUUUUUGCUUUAAAUGAAUGGUUGUUGUCAUGGUGUAAAGAACAGAAACUGCUAUUUGUUAAUAACUGGAAUCUUUUCUGGGAGCGUCCUUGGCUGUUUCGCGCUGAUGGAUUGCCACCCAGCCAAAUCGGAGCUGAGCUGCUUUCUGACAACAUCUCCAGGACACUUCGCUCCAUGUGACUAAGAUGCACCAGGACAUCCAUCAACAAUUCAGCCAGGACAGUUAUGUCUGAUGCUGAGGAUGAGGAUCUGGAUCCACCUGAAAAAAUUCCAGAAAAAACUUCUUGCUACAGUAAAGUUGAGAACAGACACAGACCUGUUUUCACCAAAUGUUGAGCAAGAGGACGAAGAGCUGGUUGCUGUCAAUGUGCAGAAUUUCCAACACACAACAAUGGAGGAGACAGACAUUACAUUAUCUGACAUCAUAGCAAACCUGUCACUUCCUAUUGAUCAUAAAAGAGUCAGCCGGUUCAACAUCUCAAGGGCAAAUGUUUGGGAUGGGGCAGUCAGAGGUUUCAAGCGUGCAACAUAUUCAGAAACGUGUGACAUGCUGGUCAAAUUUACUGAUGAUACUGGUGUUCUGGAAGAGGGAAUUGACACUGGUGGUCCAAGACAAGAGUUUUUAACUCUACUAAUGAAACAUCUAAAAGACCGGCCCAUUUUUGAUGGACCAGAAGGACAUCGAUUCUUGGUCUACAAUGCAAAGGCUGUUAGGGAGGAUGAAUACUACCUGGCAGGAAAGAUGAUUGCGGUGUCAGUUGUGCAUGGAGGUCCAGGACCCCAUUUCCUGUCGAAAGAUCUUGUACAUUAUCUUGCAGGCCAGCCUUCAUUUAAAGCACCAGUUAAUGAAAUAACUGAUGAAGAAAUAGGAAACCUUUGCAAGAGAUUGAGAAUGCUGCUUCAUUGGAUGCUCUGCACGAAUGUAUGAUGAGACACAGUACAAUGUUACAGACAGCAGGUUGUCUGAGACAUUUGGCUACUGUAGAAAAAAAGAGAGGAAUUGUUUCAGACUACCUCCAGUGGUAUAUUAUUGACCGCAACUCAUCUGAUUGUGAAGAUCUCAGCCAGUUCUUCAGCCCACCUGCUAUAAAACAGCCCUGUUCCAUCUCCGGGGUUGCCCUGCUGUUACGUCAAGCAUCCAGCCUCUAAAUUUGGCCCGUCAACCUGUCGUGUCCACCUUGGCUUCUCCCACCUUUGGCUCAUCUAGAGAGCAUCGGCCUUGCCGCUCCCUUGUCACACCAAACUCCUCCUUGGUCAGUCGUCACUCUACUUUCACUUCAGACUUACUGGCCAACCACUGGGCUCCAACCCUCCACCCCUAUUGCUACAGUUACUUGUGAAUUCACUGAAU